AUGCUCAAAUUAUUCCGGUUCGUAACAUACACCAUAACCCUUUUAAGCCUGGUAACCUUGGAUUACUAUCUCCUGGGGAACGGAUUUGUGGACAUGUGUAAACGGAUGCUGUGUAAAUUUACAUGUCUCGUGCGCAGAUAUUUAAGAGAAGAGGAGAGGUUCGCUCAAAUCAAAGAGGACGUUCAAAUCAGUCUGACAGUUUUGCUUUGGGAAAUUGUGUUUCUGGGUUUGACUAUAUUGUUCCUAAACAAGUACAAGAAAAUUCGGUGCAAGGACAAAAUUGAUGACCUCCUGCAAGAUAGUCGGGAUACGUUGAUGCAGACCAACGAGUUCAUCGAGAAAUGGCGUCUGAGACGGAUAAAUAUGCUAUCGACAGUGGGAGACACGUAUCUAGAUGAGGAGCCGCAAGAGAUAUUGCCUUGCAAAAUAGAGGUUCCUAUACUGCAUAUGGCUAUCAUCGACACCUUAGGCACAAGAAACCAGCCAGGUAGCGGCGACACGGGUGACGUCACCAAACACCUGGAGUCUGCGCUCAUCUCAAUGACGUCACUGGACGAUGACAUCGAAUCAGUGUCCGAUGAAGUUCUCGGUGAGAAACUGAAGGAUGGCACAGCGAACACAAACCGGACUCUGUGGGACGUUACAGAGAAAGAUGCGUCUAACUUGGGUGGAUAG